AUGGCUGGCAACUCUUGGACCGUCGAGGCCGAGAAGGCCCUCUUGCUCUCCAUCCUCACUACUGCCAACAGCGGUGCUGGCAUAAAGCCUGACUGGGCUAACGUCGCUCGCCGCAUGAGCCGCCUCGGCUACAGAUACACCGUCGCGGCCCUCAGUCAGCGCUUCUCGAAGUCUCUGUUCAAGCCUUUCAAUGAGCAGAUGGACGCGGCCGCCGACAUGCCUGCCACCCCGGCUCCGGUUCCUUCUUCCCGCAAGCGUGCUGCCCCCGGCUCCGGCACCAGAGCGGCUAGAAUCUCCAUUGCCGGUGGUUCUGGUGCGGCCCAGGCUGCCAACGAGAUGGCUUCGCUUGCCAUUUCGGCUGACGAUGGCGUUGACGAUGCUGAGUCCGACACGGAGGACUCAAAGAAGCGUGUCAAGAUCUUUCACGAAGGUCUUGUUGCUGCUCUUCAUGGCCAGCAUAUUGAUCUCACCGGCAACGAUACCGAUGCCAAUAUGGAGAACGCCGCUCCUGUCUCUGGUCUUAUCGGUCAGCCGGUUGACCUCACCGGUGACCACCAGGUCGAGUUCAAGUUCGAGGGCAAUGGCACCAUGCCCUCUUUCAUUCACCCCAUUCUGGUCAACCCGGCAUUUCAGAUCCUGAGCUUGUGUUUGUGUUUUUGUGGCUCUUCCAGCUUCAACAGCACGGAAUCGCUUUUCUUACCUGUUCUGCAUCCGUCUGUUGUUUACCUUUACCCCUUACGUUCAAAUUUGACCCCACUACCUACCUCCUACCUUCCAUCAUUACCUUUCGUCUUUCCAUAUUUUCAUCUUCCAUACCUCACACCGCGAAUAUCUACAAUCAAAGCUCCAAUUAUCCUUCUACUCUAUUCCCACAUCCCAACUUCCACAAAUAACACAACUUCCUCUCUCCAAACCCCUCAGAAUUUUCAAAAAAUGGACCUCACUAAGGAAUUCCGCAGCUUGACCAUCAACGACGCCCCUGCCGCCGAGUCCCGCUUCAAGCUCAGAGACAACUUCAACGGCUGGGAACUCGAGAAGCGUGUCUGGACCGCCUGCGUGAACGGUCGCAAGUAUCUCAUGGCGAUCAACGCGCGCAAGGCAGCCGAGAAGGAGGAGGCUGCUGCUAAGGCUGCCGCUGAGGCUACUGAGGCUGCGGCUCAGGCUGCGAACGCGAUGGUCUUGGAUUAA